AUGCCCGCCGUCUCUUCCUCGACAAAAAUCCUUGUCACAGGUGGCUCUGGCUUCCUCGGAACUUGGAUCAUCAAAUAUCUUCUCGAGCAGGGUUUCAGCGUCCGCACAACUGUGCGUAGCCCUGCCAAAGCCGACUUUCUCAAACGGCUCUUUGCCGACUCAUCCUCCCAACUCGAGUUCUCCUAUGUUCAGGAUGUGGUUGCUGAUAAUGCAUUCGAUGAAUCUCUCAGUUCGGGAGACAUUGAUGCUGUGAUCCACUGCGCCUCUCCGCUUGUCGUUUCGGACCCCAAGGCGGAUCCCGAUGUAAACAUCAAGCCGGCAAUCCAAGGCACUCUUGGCAUCUUGAAAAGUGCUCAGAAGUCUCCAUCGGUCAACCGUGUAAUCAUCACGUCUUCUGUAGCGUCAGUCAGGGAUCCGCGAGAAGCCGGGCAUGUUUACACAGAGGAGGACUGGAACCACGGUAUCGUCAAGCUUGUCAAGCAGUACGGUGCCGAAGCACCGUCUCUUGUAAAGUACGGUGCAAGCAAGAUGCUAGCCGAAACGGCGGCGUGGGAUUGGCUGAAGGAGAACAAGGUCGAAUACGACGUCGUGUUCAUGCUACCAGCACUCUUGUUUGGGCCAGUAUUGAGUGAAACCACCAGCGACAUUGGCGGUUCGAAUGGCAUUUUCCUUGAUAACCUCAAGCAAGCUGCGCUGGACAAUCUCUCUCCUGAGAGCCUUUCAAAGCCCAUCGAGUUCAUCGACGUCCGUGAGACGGCACUGGAGCACAUUAAAGCUCUCACAACGCCCGAGGCUGGUGGACAACGCAUUCUUAGCACCAGUUAUGUAUUGACUUUGGAGGAAAUUUUGGACAUACUUCAGAAGAAUCCUGUCGAAGGCAUCACCCUCCCAACAACGUACGAAAAGACGGGCGCAAAGCCGCCGUUCACGUACUCCCAGGAGAAGAAUGCGAGGAUUCUCGGAAUCUCCCAUAGACCUGCCGCAGAGACUAUCACCGACUUGCUCAAGUUUGCUGUCUCGAUUGGGUGGAAGCAAUGA